AUGCUUUUCAAGUCGUCUCUCUGUUUGCCUGCUGCUCUGCUGGCAGCCGGUGGACUUGCUCUUAAUACUGAUGACCAGGUGAAUGCGGACAUCGACUAUGGGACGUUCGAAGACCCCUCCGCAUUUGUGCGGCCACGCUUCCGGUACUGGAUCCCGGAUGCAUCAGUGGAUCUGGACACCGUGAGAAACGACUUCAAGAUUGCUAAAGAUGUUGGUGCUGGGGGCCUUGAGCUUCUCGGAUACUAUCUGUAUGGAAACUAUCCAUCACAGGUGGCUGAAGGCGGUCCAGUGCCUGUGGACUGGGGAGUCUAUGACUGGGGCUUGGACGCCUGGAAGAACUUGACGGACGUGGCUUUGCGAGCAACUAAAGAUCUGGGGAUGAUCAUGGAUUUUGCGUUAGGGCCUAAUCAAGGAGCAGGCGUGCCUGCAGCGCCAGACGACGAGGGUGUCAUGUGGACAUUGUGGCCAUUCAACGUCUCUGUCCCCAUAGGCGGUACAUUUGACGACGUCUUGCCAGGUUGGGGAAAGGGCAGGUUCGUGUCUGCUUCUACUGGUCUUGUUACCGCUACCGAGUUUGCGAACUACUCGGCCUCGCCUGCCUGGAUAGGCCCUGUCUAUUACAACGGAUCGCGGAACACCCUGUCCGCGUCGUCUCUGGAGGAUGUCACUGGCAAGGUGGACUCACAAGGUCGUUUGAACUUAAGCUUUCCAUCGGAUGUCGAGGGUGUUGAAUAUCAGGUAUUCGCUUUCUACGAAUCCCACUCGAGCUACUUGGAACAGGCGUCCCCACUGGACCUGAACACCACGGUGCCGCAAUCUCCAGUGGAGAAUUUCGUUCAAAAUGGGUCUCGUGUGGUGGAUCACUUUUCAGCUGCAGGAGCGAAAUUGAUUACCGACUUCUGGGAUCAGUAUCUGCUCGAUGAAGAUACUCGCCAGCUCUUCAAGGACGUCGGAAACUACGCUUGGGAAGACUCGAUAGAGAUUGGCGCUGGAACACUCCUCUGGUGGACGCCUAACCUUCUUGAGACAUUCAAAGCCAGCACGGGCUACGAUUUGAACAAGUACCUUCCCCUCGUCUACUCGUACAACACAGAGGCGAAUGGGCCUCUCGCUUCCCCUGAUCGUUACUAUACCAACGAGGACGACGAAGGUCAAAGCCAUAUCAACGAUUACUGGGGAGCCUUGACUCUUCUCAACCGAGUCUACUUGGAAACGCUCACCAAUUGGUCGAUCGAUGCCCUGGAGUCACAGUUCUCUGCGCAGGUUGCGUACAAUCUACCGAUGGACAUGCUUGCGAAUGUGCCCUCCGUAAAUGGUCCUGAGUGCGAAUCCCUGGGAUUCAACCAUGUCAUUGACGCUUACCGGCAAUUCGCAGGUCCGGCAAAUUUGGCUGGCAAACGGAUCAUGUCGUCCGAGCUUGGGGCGCAAAGAGAAGAAGUGUACAAGCAGACGAUGCCUGAACUCAUCUGGGAUGUGAAGAGAAGCGUCAUCGGCUCUAUCAACCAAUUCGUCUACCACGGCUAUCCUUACACUGGCUCGUAUCCGAACACCACAUGGCCAGGGUAUUCCACAUUCACCUAUCGAUUCUCGAACAUGCAUGGGCCCCGUCAACCAACUUGGAAGUACUUCGACGACUUCAUGAACUGGACUGCUCGUGUGCAAUAUGUCGCGCAGAGUGGUGUGCCCAAGAUCGACCUAGUCUUCUGGUCGAAGAAGAAUGACUACUACGAGGUAGAUUCACAAUACCUGCCAAACGACCUCCAGGAUGCCGGUUUUUCGUACGAGUACCUCAGUCCGGACAACUUCCACCUACCGGAAGCUUAUGUAGCCAAUGGCACUUUUGCGCCAGAACGACAGGCUUUCAAAGCGUUGAUCCUUCGAGCAAAUGAUACAUUGACUGUGCCAGGGGUUCAACGCCUGGUUGAGUAUGCUCAUCAAGGCUUGCCGAUUGUCUUCUCAGGGGGCGUGCCGCAGAAUCUCACUGGCUACAACACUACCGGUACUGAGUACGUGAGAUCUACCCUUGCUACGAUGACCGGUCUGGAAAACGUUCACAUCGUUCCUUACGAUAACCUGGCGGCUUCUUUGACGGCACUGGGCAUAACGCCUCGCACCAAAGUAGCCUCUGACCGAACAUGGUAUACGUACUGGCGAGAGGACAAGAACGCAUCAACCACCUAUGUCUUCGUCUACAACGAUGCCUGGGACAGCGAAUUGGGCGAGGGUUUGUCAACAGGCUCCAUCACCUUCGAGGCUACCGGUGUUCCUUACCAGUGCGAUGCUUGGACUGGCGCUAUCGACCCCAUCGCGGCUUACCAACAAAGCCAGUCUGCGACUACGAUACCCUUGACGUUGGCGGGCAAUCAGAGCACGAUUAUUGCAUUCCGUCACAAUGAAACUCGUGAUGCGUCGAGUCACGUAAUAGCAACGCCGCCCGAAACUUUCGGAGCAUCUCUCAGUGAUAGCGGUGUGUGGAGCAUCAAAGCGGGCAACACAUCUCAGCCACUACUCCUGUCCAACGGAACCGCGCUCUCGUUGCCAAUCCCAGCACCUCCUGCCCAGCUCACGAACUGGACCUUGAUCGUCGAAGCCUGGAACCCGCCGGCCGACCUGGAGGCCGAUCAGACGAAACCCGCUCUUGCGAACUCAACAUACAACAUCACCUCCCUACAGCCUUGGAACGCCAUCUCAGACGACCUCCGGAACGUCUCCGGCCGAGGCUUCUACUCCACCUCUUUCACCUGGCCACCAGCCAACGGCAGAGCAGACGGCGCUGUCCUACACUUGGGCCCCAUCGUCAAUACCGCAAGAGCGUGGGUCAACGGCCAUCAAGUGCCGCCUUUCGAUCCUACCAAUGCCACGGCAGAUAUUGGGAGUUUCUUGGUCAAUGGCACGAACGAGGUUGAGAUUGUGGUUGCGACGACGUUGAGUAAUGUGUUGAGGACGAUUUGGAGGGAUGUUAAGUCGAGUGGGACGUUGUGGUUGGGGCCGGAGCCGAAGGAGCAGGAGUAUGGUUUGGUGUGGAAUGUUAGUGUUGUGCCGUAUAGGAGCACUGCGAUAGCUUUGGUGUAG